AUCGCGCGGCGCGGCGGGGAAGGCGCCUCGUGGAGCAUGGAGCGGGACGGGGCGGCGGCGGCGGCGGCGGGGCCCGGCGGGGAGGCCCCGAGCUCGGCCCCAGCGCCCGGCCCGGCCCCGGCCCCGGCCCCGGCCCCGGCCCCGCGGCGCCGCCGCCGCAAGGCCGCCAAGAAGCGGCAGGAGGCGGCGGCCAUCCCCCGGGGCAGGCCCAAGUCGGGGCGGGUGUGGAAGGAGCCGGGCAGGAAGAGGUUCUCGCUGAUGGUCCGGGACAAGCCCCUGCGCGCCUCCUGGGAGCGGAAGGUGAAGGAGCGGCAGGAGAGGAGGCUCGUCCGGGAGCUGGCGCGGCAGCUGCAGGAGGGCAAGCAGAGGGAGCGAGAGGAGAAGAAGCGGCGGCGGGAGGAGAACCUGAAGCGGCGCCUGGAGAACGAGCGGAAGGCAGAAAUUGUCCAAGUGAUCCGGAACCCAGCGAAGCUCAAGCGGGCGAAGAAGAAGCAGCUGCGGCGGGUGGAGAAGCGGGACACGCUGGCCAUGCUCCAGAAGGCGCCUGUGCGGCACAAAGCAGCCACGGAAUGAGGCCAGGGCACCGGGCGGCCGGGGCUCUGCGGGUCCUGCUCCUCUCUGGGGCCUCAGUGACGGACAGACAGCAGGACGGAGCUGGGGGGUCAUGCAGUGCCCUGGAUCUGCAGGAUCCAGCUGCUGCAUCCCCCUGACCUGUGAAGCCCCGGGGUGUUGUUGGUGCCUGGGUCUGGACCAAGAACUGCUUCAGCUGCCCAAAUUUGCCUUUUCUUUAUAAAAACAAAGAGGAACUGCUUUGGACUCGCCUCCAGUGGCUCAAGGGAAGACUGGCAUCUCUGCCGAGGGUCUCCUCCUGUCUUCCCAGGGUUACAGAGAACCACAACCCCGUGUCCCCCAGGGCUCCCCUUCCUCCAGGAGGGGGUCUUGCCCCCCCCCCCGGAACAAGCACUGGGGUGGGGGCACCUCUGCUGUGCUGCAGAGGUUGGAGAGAGACUGCGUGGGGCAGUGCAGCCUCCUGCUGCCCCUCUCGCGGGGGGAUGGUUUGGGGUGGGCUGGGAGACAGUGGGGAGGUGGGAGGAAGGAAGGGGCUUGGGGCUGGAAAUCCACGUGUACUUUUUCACGUUUGUGUUUGGUUUUCUUGCCCUAUAAACGUCUGUUUCUGCUCCUGG